AUGUUUUCGCCAACCUGUCUGCAACCAGUGACGCUCCUAUCCGGCGCUCUACCCCUCGUAUUUCAUGACACUAUCUCGCCAAGAAACAGCCAAUGCCUUCUUUCGCACGGCUCCAGCAGAUUCUGGGGUCGUGAUACCAUCUACUGUAGACGUGAAGUAACCGAUAUCUUGGUGCACACGAGCCAGCUCACAAUGUACCGUUGCUGUUAUCGAAAGAAUGUGCAACUUGUAGCACAUGUAUGUUAUGUACUAGCACCGGUACCAGCACAUGCAAUGGUUUUUUUUUUUUUUUUUUGUUGUUGUUUAUAUAUAAUAUCAGACGCACUGUACUCGUACUCGUACUCGUUAAUGCACACGGCUAGCUACCUUAUCUUCAAACAGUCCAAUCGUGGCACGUACAGCACGCAUUACGAUGUCAAGCCGUACAUCCAGAGCAUACUAUCGAACCCCAAUUGUUAUAUCAAUCAAGUAGAGCCAGGUGACCUAAGUCAACUGUGGCUGGCCAGAGCCUUUCACAAUACCAAGCCACGGUUCUUUAUCACGCUCAGAACUUCUCACGGCUUUCAAGGGUCCCUAUUGCCACUUGUCAAAGCUUUAUUUGUAGGUUUAUGUACUGAACGACGACGUGUACUGUUUUUUUGUUCACCUUGUUGCUUGUUUUUUGUUGCUUGUUGCUUGUUGCUUGUUGCUUGUUGCUUGUUGCUUGUUCUCUUGUUCUCCUACAGCACAGAAGUCCACCUGACCACCUCAUUAUCUCCUGAUUGUCUAUCUCCGCACCUCCUUGAUGUGCAACUGGUACAAUCUGACAAGACCAGUUGA